GAAAAAAUAAUAAAAACGUAACCUCUCUUUUAUAACAUCUGGGAUAUUAUUUUCCAAAAUCCUUUAUUUUUAUAUGGAUAUAUCAAUAUUAGUUAAUUAAACAUGUAUCUUACAAACUUAAUGACAAAAAACCUUUUGAUUGUUUGCAAACAGUCCUCCAGGUCCAUAAGUUGUACACAGACAUUAAAUAUAAAGGAGUGGCGAGUUUCACGUGGACUGCCCGUCAAUAGAAAUGCUGAAGGUGUUUUAACAGACGGCCCUGAUUAUACCUUCUUAGAUGGAAGACCUACUCCUUUACUGCACAAACAAAAGUUAAGAAUGCUUAAACAACGUGAUUUUGCCUCUCGGAUUGUGGAGUUGAGCUCAGAACUAGACUUUGCAAAGACGAGACAUGAGAAAAUGAUUGAAGCCGAAGAAGAAGAAAGGAAAACAAUUUUAAGUAAUAGAUUAAAGCCUAAAGGAAAAGCCUUGUUAAAUAAAAAAUAAAACAAUCAAGUAAUUGUUAAUAGUAAAGAAAUAUGUAUUUAGUUAUUUAAUGAUUUAGUUAUAUAAUUUAAUUAUUUACCCAAAGUGUCAAUUUGUAUGUAAAUUUAGUAAAAGAAUCAUAGAAAAUAAAUUUGGAAAUUCAAAAA